AUGGCCGACUCCUCUGCAGCCGAAGGUCUGCUGACCCUCUGGCAUUCCUUCCGUCUUCCUUUCCUCGUUGCGAUCGCCUCCGUGCUAGUUAUCCUCCGCUUCCGCCGCGUGCUCCAGGCUCGAUCCAAGGCCGCUACCGCUUCCUCAGUCCCACCAUCCCCGCGCAGCUUGUCACCCGAGAAGUCUCCCAAGCCAGAUGUGUUGCCUGAAAUUGUGGAAAAGAAAGACGCUGGAUCGAUCAGCAGCGGCCGUGUUUCACCAAAACCGACGGCAGGCCCGAAGAGAGUGACAGGCAAAAAACCAACAAAGACCGCUGGGAAACGAUCGGGAUCUGCCGCCAACGAUGAGCCACAACCUGUGACCUUUAUACAGCCUAUUAUAUUCUGGGCGUCGUUGACUGGAAGUACUGAGAGGUACGCUCAGAAAGUACUGGAAGAUUUGCGGGCAGCGGCUCAAAGUCAGACCAACCUCGAAGAUCGUGAGCGCGGGCUUUUACCUCCUCAAAUUCACGACCUGGCCGAAGUCGAUUAUGAUGAUUACUUCACGACAGCACCUAAACCCCCUCCAACUUCACCCGGAACACGUUACGUCUAUUGCUUCCUAAUUCCCAGCUACAACAUCGACACUAUCCUUGAUACUUUCUUGGGACACUUGGAUGAGACUCACAAUGACUUCCGCAUUGACACGGGAUCUUUGUCAAACCUCGCUGGCUUUGCUGUUUUCGGUUUCGGAGAUAAGGAAGGAUGGCCGACUGAAGAGGAAGGAUUCUGUUCGCAGGCCAAGGACCUUGACAAAUGGAUGGCCAAGCUUACCAACAAGAAAAGAGCUUAUCCUCUCGGGUUUGGCGAUGUAAAGAGCGACGCCGAGUCCUCACUCAAGGAGUGGACAAGCGGAUUCCAGGAUAUCCUUGGUGAUAUCGUCAAGAACGGCGGCUUGGGAGAGGGUGUUCCCGGCAGUGGUGACCCUCUUGAAAGUGACGAAGAACAGUCUGACGAAGAGGAGUCUGGUUCAACCAAGCCAAAGGCCCGCGGCCGGAAGAAGGCUCAGGCAGUGGUUGACCUGGAGGACAUUAAAAUGAGCACCGACGGACAAGUCGGGAGCUCACCCGUCCCGGUGGAUUUUACGACAGCAGGAGCCGGCUCCCAGGCCAUUCAGCCGACGGAAAAGGAGAUGGUUCCUAAAACUUCCCCUACAUACACCUCUCUGACAAAACAAGGUUACACGAUUGUUGGUUCCCACUCUGGUGUUAAGAUCUGUCGCUGGACCAAAUCUGCGCUACGUGGACGAGGAUCAUGUUACAAAUAUUCAUUCUACGGCAUUCGAUCACACUUGUGUAUGGAGGCAACACCAUCUCUUUCUUGCAGUAACAAGUGUGUGUUUUGCUGGAGACAUGGUACAAACCCGGUUGGAACCACCUGGCGAUGGAAGGUAGACUCGCCGGAUCUCAUUUUCGACGGCGUUAAGGAGGGACACUAUAAAAAGAUCAAAAUGCUGCGUGGUGUUCCAGGAGUCCGAGCAGAGCGCUUUGCAGAGGCAAUGCGCAUUAGACAUUGUGCUCUCAGUCUUGUCGGUGAACCGAUAUUCUAUCCCCACAUUAACCGCUUCCUCGAACUUCUUCACAGCGAACAAAUCUCUAGCUUCCUAGUCUGUAACGCGCAGCAUCCAGAUCAAUUGGAGGCUCUGCACCGUGUGACCCAACUCUACGUUUCAAUUGACGCAAGUAACCGCGACAGCCUGCGGAAGAUCGACCGUCCGUUGCACCGCGAUUUCUGGGAACGUUUUCAGAAAUGUUUGGACAUUUUACGUGAAAAGCGCUUUGUCCAGCGAACCGUAUUCCGCCUGACCCUAGUCAAAGGGUUCAACAUUGAUGACGAGGUCGUCGGUUACGCCAACCUUGUCGAAAAGGCACUCCCAUGCUUCAUCGAGGUCAAGGGCGUGACAUACUGCGGCACAAGCACCAGUGCAGGCGCUGGGCUAACGAUGCAAAAUGUCCCAUUCUAUGAGGAAAUUGCUACAUUCGUUGUCUCGCUGAAUGAUGAGCUGAAGCGUCGUGGUCUUGACUACGGCAUUGCCGCCGAACACGCUCACAGUUGCUGUUGUCUCAUCGCCUCAACCCGCUUUAAGGUCAAUGACAAAUGGCACUCGCGGAUAGACUAUCCGCGCUUCUUCGAGCUUCUAGAGAAGGAGAAGGCCGACGGAACCACGUUCCGCCCGGAAGACUACAUGAAGGAGACGGAGGAGUGGGCACUGUGGGGUAACGGUGGUUUUGACCCGAACGAUGAACGUGUUUACAGGAAGGGUAAGAAGAAGGCCAUUCAAGAGGCGACAGAGGAGUAA